CCAGCAUGAGGGAUGCCUCUGGUGCGGAGGUGGUGGAAACGUGGUACAACGAGAUUAAGGAUUAUAGCUUUGGCCGGCCGGGCUUCCAGUCUAACACAGGUCACUUUACACAGGUUGUCUGGAAAGACUCCAGAGAGGUUGGCGUUGCCAAAGCUGUGGAUGGCAAAGGAAUGGUGAUAGCGGUGGCGCAGUACAGCCCAGCUGGCAACAUCACCAACCCCGGCUACUUCCAGAAGAACGUUCUGCCGAAGGGAACUCCUGUAUCCGAUACGGGAACAAGCCCCACCGCCAGGGGAACCUCGUAUCUAGGAACACGCGGAACAGACUCGGCCUCGUCACCUACAGCAGAUUCCAGAGAAUUUGCCCUUGAGUUCCUGAAGGCCAAUAACGUUUAUCGAUCACGCCACGGGGCAAAACCGCUGCAGCUCAACUCGAAGAUAAGUCAGGAAGCCCAACGGUGGGCGGAGCAUCUCCUCAACCUGAAGACUUUAAAGCACAGUGACACGUCCCAUGGGGAGAAUAUCUGGGCUAAAUCUGGAGGCCCCUCCAUCACCGUCACAGGGCAAGAAGUGGCCGACAGCUGGUACAAAGAAGAGAAGAAUUACAACUUCUCCAAGCCCGGAUACCAGGCCGACACAGGUCAUUUCACCCAGAUGGUGUGGAAAGCCUCCAAGGAGGUGGGUGUUGGUCUGGCCUCCAGCGGCAAAGGGAUGUUGAUUGUGGUGGCCCAGUAUAACCCCAGUGGGAACAUCACCAACCCGGGAUUCUACGGCCGCAACAUCCUCCCUCGAGGCUCCAAGGUGACCGAUGACGACGGUGAUGAGGAUGGUUUUGUGAAGAGUCCAAGUUCCACUGCUGUUCUACCCAUUCCAGAGAAGGAGCUGAAAAGCUUCCGGAAGGAUCUGCUCAGUGAGCACAAUCAGUACCGUAAGCUCCACGGCGCCGGGGCCCUCCAGCUCAGCGUGGCCCUUUCCCAGGAUGCACAGAAGUGGGCGGAUCACUUAGUAGGGAAACGUGCCCUGCAGAACAGCGACACCCACCAUGGGGAGAACCUGUGGUACCGAUGGGGGACCAACACCAGCUUGCCCACAGGGAAAGAAGUGGCUGAGUCCUGGUACAAUGAGAAUGCCAAAUACAGUUUCGCCACCCCCGGAUUCCAGAGCGGUUCAGGGAACUUCACGCAGAUGAUAUGGAAGUCUUCCUCGCAGGUGGGCUUCGGCCUCAGCACAGACAACAAGGGAAUGUACAUUGCCGUGGGCUUCUACGACCCGGCGGGCAACAUCGCCAACAAGGGCUACUUCGAGGAUAACGUCCUGCCCAGGAAGAAGUGAAAGAGCCCAAGCCACCAAUCAGGGCGAAGGACACAUGUUUGGACUCAGGGAAUCCGAGUAGUUUAUUUCUUUUUAUUCUCCUAUUUCAGUGCAAGGAUAGGCAGGGAGGAUCAUGGGAUAUAUUCCUUGCAAUGGCUGUUAGUCGGGUUAGGGGUAGCCUUUAGGCCUGGCAUGGCACCCUGGGGUCCCACAAUGCACCCCGUGCCGUUUCCCUUACUGAUAUCACAAGCUACCCCAUUGGGGGGCAAGUCCUGCUGCAUUUACACCCCCUGCCCCUCCCACAUUUAUGCCACUGUAUGAAGCACUUAAUCAGCCCACUUGUAUGUAGCCCCGCCCCCUGGGACUAAAGUUGGGCACAAAUGAGGGGCUCAUUAGCCAAUAUGGCUGCCUAUGCACUGGGGGGUCAUGUACAAAGGGUUAAUGGGCAUGUACUGAUAUAAGCACAAAUAUCACAUUUAUCAACUAUAAACCCAGUGAGAAUGAGGGAUGAAUGGAUAUAUUUGGGUUUACUUGCCCUUUAGGCUUACACACAGACUAGGCCACCUACCCACAUACAAUGUAAGUACUUACAGUUCAUGAAACUCCUAGUAACGUGGGUUAAUAUGCCCUUUAUUCCCUGCUAUACACACAGCUGAUCUAAUGGCCGUUGCCCCUCCCACUGACGCCGGUCGCUUUAUUGCCCUUAUGGUUUUACCCCCCGUAGCACUGUGUAUAAGGUACUGGCUUUUUAUACUGGGGGUCCUGCUGUUUAAUGGAAUGAAACCACUAACGGCCCAGUCAGGAGCCGGCGUGAAUGUUCCGACUACUGAACGGUACCGAGAGUCUCGCCUCGUAGAGAUUGUAUUUUGUAUUAAAGCACAUUUUCCCUUUA